UAUCGCAUGUCGUGUGUUGUUAUUAAUUUUUAUCAAAAUUAAUUAUUGUAGUUAGCGGUCACUUUGAUAUACCGGAUUUGUUUUGUUUAAGUGAUAAACGACUCUUAAAAAUUUCGUGAUUUUAUGUAGUCAUGGAAUACAGAAAACAUAGAAUAUUCGGAUAUACUUUAGCAAUAUUGAUACAUAUCGCUAAUUUAGUAUAUAUGGGAAUAUAUGUAGCCCCAAGAGUCUACGGAAAUCCAAAACUUAUGCAAUUUAAUAAUUUACAACCGAGAUUCUUUACGAUUUGGACCUUGAUUUUGCAAUUGAUAUACUCAGCUGUAAGUUUAAUAUGUGAAAUCAAAAUGAAAAAUGCAACGAAUUGGAAAAACAUGACUCGAUAUGUAAAUGGAUUAAGAAACGUUAUGUUUUCCAGUAUUCUGUGGCCAUCUUGUUGGGUUGUUGCGAUUGUAUUUUGGUCGCUCUAUUUAUAUGAUAUAGACCUAAUAUUCCCUGAACACACAGCUGAAUUACUUCACCCGAUAUCUAACCACAUAAUGCAUACACUAAUAGUUCCUAUAUCUGUAUGGGAAGUAAUAUACAGACCGAGAAAUCAGCCCAGAUCACAUAGGAAAUAUGUUUAUCAUCUAUUAUUUUAUUUCGCUGUUUAUUUUAGUGUAUUGAUCUACACAUACAUAGAAAGAGGUCUAUGGAUUUAUCCAGUUUUUGCAAAAUUUUAUGGAACUAUCUUCUUCCCACUCAUACACCUGGUAGUGACGGGUAUAGCAAUAGUCGCUUACGUCAUACAAUGGCCACUAGCGAAGUAUGUUUGGCGCCAAAAUAUAAAAAAAGCCCUUUAGUAUUUUUUAAAUCAGAGUUAAUUCUUAUUUGAUUCCUAUACAUUUAAAUGUUACGUACAAUUUAUUAUAAUUUACGUAAUUAUUUUCGAUUAGAUUUUCUGAUGAUUUUCAAAUUAUUCUCAUUAUUAUUUUAUUUUGAUUGAUAUUGCGCGAAAUCAAUUUUUUUAUCUAUAUUUAAUCGAUGUAUUUUUUUCUCUUCGUGCUUCUAUGUUUGCCUACAACUGUUUGUAAGAUUAAAUCUUGUAGGUAUUUUAUUUUAAGUUGGCAUACUUUUGUAAAUAAAUUUAAUUUUCAACAUAACUAAUAAAUAUCUAUAGUUUUUGUCAAGCAAUUUUUAAUAGUACUUAAUAAGUAACUUUAACUUGGUCGUACUUGAAUUCGUGUAUGCGGUGAUAUUAGUUGUUUAUACUACGUAUUUGCUUGUUGUUCUCACGAGUAUGUAAGUGCGUGCUCCUAUUUCACCAUGCCUC